CUCAAAUUUACUAUCGGCCCUUUUGUUCGCAGGCUCUGACACCCGAAUUCAAUACCUUUAGAGGAACGCAUGGGAAGGAGGAACAACGUGACUGAAUUUGUGCUCCUGGGGCUGACACAGGACCCCGCUGGGCAGAAAGUUCUGUUUGUCGCGUUCUUGCUCAUCUACACCGCGACGGUGCUGGGCAACCUGCUCAUCAUCGUGACUGUCACCGCCAGCCCGUCCCUGGGCUCCCCCAUGUACUUUUUUCUGUCUUAUUUAUCAUUUAUAGAUACUGUCUAUUCCACUGCCAUUGCCCCCAAAAUGAUCACAGACUUGCUUUCUGAGAGAAAGACCAUUUCCUUCCAAGCUUGCAUGGCUCAAGUUUUUCUGGAUCAUUUGUUUGCUGGCACUGAAGUCAUUCUUUUGGUGGUGAUGGCCUAUGACCGAUACGUGGCCAUCUGUAAACCUCUUCAUUACCUGAUCAUCAUGAAUCGCCGGCUGUGUGUUCUCCUGCUGUUGGUGGCCUGGCUUGGAGGCUUCCUUCAUUCAUUAGUUCAAGUUCUUCUUAUUUAUCAGCUCCCUUUCUGUGGACCCAAUGUCAUUGACAAUUUUGCCUGUGAUUUAUAUCCCUUACUGGAACUUGCCUGCAGGGAUACCUACCACCUUGGACUUUCCCUGAUAGCCAACGGAGGGGCAAUUUGUACUGUCACUUUCCUCAUUCUCCUACUUUCCUAUGGGGUCAUAUUACACUCUCUGAGGGCUCAGAGUUCAGAAGGGAAACACAAAGCCUUCUACACCUGUGCAUCCCACAUCACUGUGGUCAUUUUAUUUUUUGUCCCCUGUAUCUUUCUAUAUGCACGGCCCAAUUCUACCCUUCCAGUUGAUAAAUUCGUGACUGUGGUUUUAACUUUUAUAACCCCCAUGUUGAACCCUCUAAUCUACACACUGAGGAAUGCAGAAAUGAAAACUGCCAUGAGGAAACUGUGGCAUAAAAAAGUGACCUUGGCAGGAUGA